GUGGCUUUUUACCAGGAAGUACAGUUAGCGCUGCUCAGUGUUUCUAUUAGCCUUCUGGCGCUAACUCCACUGCCCAGUGUGCAAAGCAGUUCCCUGCUGAAUGGAAACAAGAUGAAUACUAUUAAUUAUACUCUUUUGGCCGUUGUGCCUAGCUAAGUGCUACAUUGUGCGCUGAGAUCCUGUGUAAGGCAGUUCUAAUUCACCAUAAUGCCUAAGUGUAUUGUUAAUGGAUGUCCACACAGGAGUGGCCAAAAACUGCUUUACCCGGAUGUUGUUCUACAUCCCUUUCCAAAAAAUAUUGAAAGGAUUCGAAACUGGCUCUUGCAAACAGGCCAGCACUCGGAAGACCUCGAACUACUUACCCAAAGAAUAUUUCAAGGAUGGAAAACUGCAAACUUCAGAAUGUGUUCGAAACACUUUACUGAGGGUUCCUACAUGCAAAGCGGAUCACGAAGAAUUUUAAAACCAAAUGCAGUACCAACAAUUUUUGAUACUGUCCGUGUUCCGAUUACAACUUUAUUCACAGUCGCCCCCUCUCUGCCAAUAGUCGCUUCUGCUAAACGAAGACGAGUUGACGAUGAACAGCCAUCGACUGCUUCGACCAUCGUAAGAGUCAUUUCGCGUCUUGUUACUGUUGGAACACAGACCGAUGCUAAAGUGAAUAUGGUCAAUACUUCGACCAUGACGUGCACUAGAUGUAGAAAUUGCUCUACACAAACAAAAAAAAUUCUUACUAAGGAAACGAGUUCUCAAAGUGGAGAAGAAUUCAUCCAGGCAGAUGUUCAUCACAUUCUCCAAGAUCACCUAUAUCCUGUGUGUUUUUCAACUCGAUCCAAACCAACCAGCAAAAUAAGUGAUCUGCAAUCGACAAUGCAUUCAACAUCAGCACCAAUGGAGUCCUUCAUUUCACCUAUUGGAGGGGAACCUUCUACCAGCAUAUUAGAACCAUUUGUUCAGUCUUCUUUUGGUUCUAUAGCCGAUGGAGAUUCUACAUUUGAUAUUCAAGAACUAUCAUCAGGUGGAUAUAGUACUGACAGUGAUUCAUUUGAAACCGAGGAGGAACGGACAGUUGUACCUGAAGUCAUAAAAUCCAAAAAGAAAUUUAUUAUUUAUGAAGAUAAACUGGAUGAUCUCUUGCAUGUAGUGCGCUGCCAACACAAUAUUGACCCACCGUGCCAGUCUCCAAUAGUUGAGGUAGAAAAAAAAUUGGAUGGCAGUAUGUUGAGUGUUCGGCUAACGUGUUUAGAUGGUCAUUCAAUGCUAUGGAACUCACAGCCCACCUUUGGUGAAACGUCAAUAGGAAAUCUGGAAAUUACUGGCUCUAUUAUCCUUACUGGAGCAACUUAUCAAAAAACGUAUGAUAUUUUCAAGUUGUUGAGUAUCCCAUUUAUAUCACAUACAAUGUUUUAUAACUAUCAGAGAAACUAUGUCUUCCCUGCAAUUGAUCAUCAAUGGAAAAAGGAAAAGGACGUCAUGGCAAGGAAAAGGACGCCAAUGGCAUUGGCAGGUGAUGGCCAAUUUGAUAGCCCUGGUCAUUCGGCUAAAUUUUGUACAUAUACCAUGAUGGACGUAACAUCGAAGAAAAUCAUCGACUUCAAGAUUGAACAGCUUGGGUCUGGAAAAACUGCCGGACAAACGGAGUGUGAGGCUUUUGACAAAUGUCUACACAAUCUAGUCGAAAAAGUAAAAGUUAAAGUUGUUGCGACGGAUCGACGCGGCUCCAUACGGAAAUUAAUGGCAACGAAAUAUAAAAAAAUUGAUCACCAGUUCGACGUGUGGCGCUUGUGCAAGAGUUUACACAGGAAGCUUCUUGCUGCUAGCAAAAAAAGAAAAUGUAAAGAUAUAUCCCGCUGGAUCAGCGCCAUAACCAAUCAUCUCUGGUGGAGCGCACAAACCUGCGAUCAAAACGUAGAUCUUCUACUUGAUAAAUGGAAGUCGGUUUUGUACCAUGUGGCAAACGAACAUUCCUUCGGGGCAUUAAAACACUAUCAAAAAUGUCAGCACCGGCGCUUAACACCCGAGGAACAGAAACAAACUUGUUGGAUUGGUGCCAAUCACCCGGCACAUUCUGUCCUUGCUGAAAUCAUUAACGAUACUAAAUUUCUGAACGAUUUAUCACACAUCGGAAAAUUCUGUCACACUGGUGAUUUGGAGAACUUUCACAGUAAGGUCUCAAGGUACAAACCAAAAAGAUUGUCAUUUCCAAUGGACUCUGUGAUAGCUCGUACCACCCUAGCGGCAUUAUCACACAACCGCAACGUCAAAAGAAAACAGGGUUCUGUCCAGUGUCCGGCAAAGUCUACAUUAUCGUUUGGACAGAACCGUGACCAAAUAGUUUUCCCAAAACUGAAAAAGGACUGGGCUGCGAAACCAGUUUUUGAAGGAGGAGUUGAUGAUCAUUUGUUUGAAAUACUCCAAGACUGCUUAAAGAUUUUGACUGGGGAGUUACAACAUGAUUGGUCUUCAACUGCCCGUGAAAUGCCCAACAAUUAUAGCUACUGUUGAACGACCAGAAAAGAGCCUGGUUAUAGGCACGACUUGCUAAAACCUAAUGGAAAAUAUGUACUGAACCAACAUUCAAUUAUUACAUCUUUAUAACUAAUGCCGAUGUUUAAUUUUCUUCAGGGCCAAUACAAUUUUUAUUGGGUUAAUGAAAAUUUUGUAUGUU